UUACCAUUUUUAGGUCAGUAGUUCGACAAGGAGUAGAUCACUGCCCUACGCCAAACUCCACCGACGACUUUACCUUGCUUCACCAAUCGUUCGUUGCCCACCUUUCAUCAAUCCACUUCAAAAAAUCUCCAAGCUUUCCAAUUUCAAUUUUAGAUUAAUCUAUAUCAGUCUUUGCUCAAUUUUCUCAGCAACGAUCAUCAUGAACUGCGAAGUCUGCCAACUCAAAGAACUGGAGGUGGAGCACUUUGAGAUACGGGAAGUUCUACGCUGCAUAUUACAUACAAUUGUCUUUCAUCGGGCUUUGGGUCUUGUCCGGCCUAAAGACAUAGAUUUGGAGCUCUUUGAAAUUACAUAUGUGCAAUGUGGGGAUUUCGAAGUUGAAAAGAAAAUAGAUGAGAAGAUUGAGCAGUUUGUAAGUUGGGUUGAGAAACACCCAAAUAAGAAAAGCCAGAUAUGUUUGUCCUUUUAUGAAGUGAAAAGCAAGCAGCCAUCGUGGUUCACUAACAAAAUUGAACGACUAUAUUGGGAACAGUGGUAUGUCAAUUUGAAUGUGACUCAACACCCAAAACCACACUCUGGAAAGUCUCAUCAUUCUAAAAUGGUGGCUGACCCUGGAGAGAGUGCAUACGAGGAGAGGAGUGUUCGUAGAGCAUCACUUGAAGCAUCUCUUCAUGAGGUUUUGUUCCAAAUAAUAAAAUUUGUGAAUGAGAAAAAAGAUCACGUCCCCUCCAUAUCUGAGGGUGUCAUCUAUUUUCCUUAUGAAAUUACCAUACCAAGGAAAUUUCUCUGAAGCACAUGAUUAGACUGCUGAGUUAACAUUAUACUGCCAUUACUCAGUUCAUCGGAUUCUGCGUUUGGGAUGGACAUGAUCAAGAGGAUGCUACAGACAGGGCAUCCAACUAUGCUCAGCUGAUUGUAGUAGUCGGCCCCUGAAAGUAUAUUCGUCAAGUUGCAGGUUCAGAAGGGGGUGUUUACUCUGUUCAUGAUGUGUUGAAACCUGUAAAUUCAUCGCAUUGUGAAGAACAAAGCUACGGGAUAGUGAUUGAUUCACUGAAAAAGUGAUUGCUAAGUGCAAGUUCAGUUAGUUACCAUUGUAAAUAUUCGGGUUUCGCAACUUUUCCAUGGUCCCUUGGUUGCUUUUCUCCUCCACAUGAUGGUGAUACCACUUUCGGUCUAUGAAUAGAAUGCCAUAAUUGUCAUAAUUUGUACUAUAUUGAAAUGAUUAUGUGGUCCUUGAUCCACAGUGUCUGGUCAUGAAUAGUAAUCUGUGGCUUUGGCUUCAAAAUAAUUCGGAUUGCCACACUGGACUACAUUCUCAUGCACAUUGGAAUCGUUUACCCUAAUUGAUAUGAGGGAAGAUUACAAAAUCCUGCUGUUUAGUAUAUUUGUCAGCAUGAAUUGCUUGAAUGAAAUCACUGUAAUUUUAUAAAUUGUGGAAUAAAAUUUCACACAAUUUAAUUUA